GUUAAUUUUGUAGCCGUGACCACAACUCAUGCUAUGUUACGGCUAAUGCUAGCAUGCGACCGCUCUUUCCCUUCACGCUCUCUGGUCGGAGUCAACAUGGCGACCAUGUAAAGUGAAGUGAGCGGGUCGUUUCCGGUGUCAACAACAUGAGGGUCCCCCGAUGCUGCAUGGGGCUCCGGCGAGCCCAUCUGGUUUGGCCCAUCUUUCUGAUCCUCCUGGUGGGUGCAGCCCUGACAGCCCUGCUGCCCCCGGCAGAGGACCAGCGAGGCCUCGACGUCCUGGGAGUGCUUCGCCGGGCGACGUCACAGAAGGAGAGUCCCGCGCUGAGCCACCGCGGCGACGGCACGCAGGGCGAGCACAAGUUCACCGUCAUCAUUCAAACGUACAAUCGCACAGACAUUCUGUUCCAACUGCUUAACCAUUACCAGGCAGUGCCUCAUCUUCAGCGGAUUAUCAUAGUCUGGAACAACAUUGGGGAGCAGACACCCCUAAAGUUAUGGAACUCCUUGGGGCCUCAUCCAGUCCCUUUGGUCUUCAAGGAGCAGACUGGCAAUCUGAUGCGCAAUAGACUACAGGCGUUCCCUGAGAUUGACACUGAUGCUGUGUUAAUGCUGGAUGACGACACUCAGGUCAGCGUCCCCGACAUCAGUUUUGCUUUCUCCGUCUGGAAGCAAUUUCCAGACCAGAUUGUUGGUUUUGUGCCCCGAAAACAUGUCUCCACACCAGGAGGGGUGUUCAGUUAUGGCAGCUUUGAACUGCAGGAUCCAGAAACGGCUGGAGGCGAUAAAUACUCCAUGGUGUUGAUCGGCGCUGCCUUUUUCCACCACCGCUACCUGCAGCUCUUCCAGGACCAACCUCAAGCAGUACAUGCACUGGUGGACGAUACGCAGAACUGUGAUGAUAUUGCCAUGAACUUUGUCGUAGCACAGUAUCUGAGGAAGCACUCGAAGUCGGUGGGCCGAAACGACAAACCCUCUGGGGUCUUCGUUAAACCCGUGGACCUGCGCAACCUGGAAAAAGAUGCCAACAGUGGGUACCGGGGUAUGUGGCACCGUCCUGAACACUUUCUCCAGAGGUCCUACUGUCUGAACAGGCUGACACAGAUUUAUGGCUUCAUGCCACUUUGCUUCUCCAACCUGAUGGUCUCCCAGUUUGGGUUCCCCAGCUACGCUAACCACAAGAGUAGAGGCUGAGGAAGUGCCACAUUGCCGACUGUUCUGGAUUAAAAGAAGACAAACCCAAGUAGAAAUCUGUUUCACCACGGCAUCAGCAGGACAGCGAUGGACUUUCCUCCUGUGACCAGUGCAAAGACUGCUAAAGGAUUUUCUACACAUGGCUCGGUGUCACAACGUGUCCAUAUUUGAAAAGGUAAUCUGUAUUAUUGGCGAAGUUGCAUUUCCUUCAGUACUUGCACUGGAUUGUUGUGCAGACGAUUGAUAUACACCGGUUGUUGGUCUUGGUUUGCCUCGUUUGUUUACUGAACUGAUCUUUUAGAUUUUAAUAGUUGCAUGGAAUGUGUCAUUUUUCCAUUGAGUUUGUGUACAGUCCCUACAAACUUACAAUAAAUGAUAAAAAAUAAAUGAAAAUACAUUCUUAGGUAAAUUUAGGCCCAAAAAAUCCUUCCCCAACAAAGUUUGUGUCUGUGAUAUAUCAGUAUGUACAGCGCUUUGGAUGCAUGGGUAUUUUUCUUUUUUUUAUUAUAUAUGUGCACACUGUCAAACGUUGACUGUGUUAUGUUAGUCAAAUAAAUAAAGCCAACACUAUUUCUCCAAACAGA